AGGAAUCCUAACCAAAUAACCCCUCAAUUUAGGUUUGAUUCUCAUGAAAACCCCUCAAAUAGUACAACCCUUAUUUUUCUGAUCUUGAAUUUGGGGUUUUGGGGACAAUGUGUUCGAUUCUUGGAGGCGAAAAGGAUGAGGAACGGGUGACUGGAAACGACGGCGUCCUGCCGCCGCCGCCGGCGAACUUCUCCGCCGUCGAAGACCACUGCAUUUACCGAUCAGGGUUCCCUCAGCCCUCCAAUUUCCCCUUCCUCCGAUCCCUCAAUCUCCGCUCCGUAAUAUAUUUGUGUCAGGAGCCUUACCCAGAAGAGAAUAAGGAGUUUCUUCGUGUUAACAACAUCAAGCUUUUCCAAUUUGGCAUAGAUGGCACAAAGAACAUUUCCCCCCGUGCAGGAGCCGUCUAAUAUUCCUAAGAGUACCAUAACAGAGGCUUUGAAAGUCUUAAUUGAUGUGAGAAACCAUCCCGUCCUUAUCCAUUGCAAACGCGGAAAGCACCGAACGGGUUGUCUAGUUGGGUGCCUGAGGAAACUUCAGAACUGGCGUUUGGCAUCGGUGUUGGAAGAGUACAAGCAUUUUGCAGGCACAAAGUGGAGAGAAAACGACAUAUGUUUCCUCGAGGCAUACGAUGUGUCGUGCAUAAGGCAUUGCCUUCAGAGUAUUAUCUACCGCUACUAUGCGUCGAGGAAUAGGCGCAUUCUCUGCAGCGAAGAAGGUGUACAGAAAUCCAGAAUAGCUUCUUCUGUUUAACACAGCAUUCUAAAUGGUCUUUUUAUAUGACUAUUAAGGAUGAUGAUAAAAGACUUAUACUUGCAAGGUAUUUGCUUCAGAAGAAACUUGUGUACAGUAAAGUUCCCACUUGAAAAAAAAGUGUCAUUGUAACAUUUAAGAAAAAGAUGAUUUGGUAAAUUUCAUGUCCAUAUCAAAUAUCAUAUUGUGUAUUUUUUUUACCUGAGAUAUGUUGUGAUUUGUGAUGUUGGUCAACAAAUUCUUGAAAUACCU